AUAAGAAAGGUAAAAAUAUCGAUUAGCAUAAUUUAUUAUCAACCGAAAUUAAAAAUGGCGGACUUAAAGUUUUUUCUCAAACAUCUCUUCUUCGCUGUUUUCGCGUUCGUUCUCGUUUUUGUUGGCUGUAGUGCCGAAGAAAAUGGCUGUCCAGAGUUUUGUAAAGGUUCCAGAAAGUUAUCGAAGGCAGAGGCAGACAUGUGUGGCAUCUGGUGCCCUGGCAAGAAGGAGCCUAUGACUGACGAAUGCUUGAAAACCUGCUUGGAGAAGAAUCCUGAGGGCGCUGCAUUAUGUGAACUGAAUUGUAAGAUAAGUUCCUCCAAUAAGGUCGAGGUAGCAAAGGUUGAGAGCAGCAAGAAGGCUCUGGGUGAAUCUCCCAAUAAGGACAUCUCGGUUGAUGACGCGAUGAGCAUGGUGGGUACGAUGAUGAACGUGCACUCGCGCAUCAACAACAUGAUGGAUUGCAUGAUGGAUGGAUUGAACCAUCAGAUGAACUAUGGAUGGAUUGGAGAUUUCUUCAAGAAUAGGUCCCCCCUUGAUUCAUCAGCCAAAGUCAACGAAGGAAUGAAGAGUGCAGACUUGAAUGAUUUGAUGAAGAUCGAAAAGUUGAAUGAAGGUACUCCCACCGGCAAUAAGAUGUCAGGCUUCGAGAGACCUGUCUUCCACAGGUUCCUCAUCAUUAAGAACAUUCCAUUCAUGAGCGUUGUCAAAGAGGAAGAGGAACUCAAUAGUCUAAACAAAGACAAAUUGAUGACUGGUGAGAACAAGAAGAAGGUGUAUUCCAUGAAGGUGGAGACAGAGAUAACAAUGACCAGUGGGAGCAAGUUCAGUGUCUGGCUGAAGAACCUCUUGCACAACGAGAAGUUCAGAAGGUUCAUGUGGCUCAUGUCCUGGUCCAUCCUGAUGACCGUCUGCUCCAUCUACCUCAUCAUCCUCAUCAUUCGCAUUUGGACCAUCAGAUGUGCUUCAAAAGAAGUUGUGGACAUGGAAUGCGAGAACAAGUACCAGCACCUGAUUCCACUGGAUGAGGAACUCUUCUUCAUCGUCAACUGCCAGAACGUUGAUGAGAAGAAACAACUGCCCACUGAUGCUGCCAACGUCUACGUACCCAUUCCAUACAAAUCUCCAAACUAAGCAUGCAGCAACUUGUGUUGCAUGCGACAUCUUUGAUUCACAUUUAUUUAUCUCUGGACUACUCCAUGUAUGUUAUUAUUUGAGUAUAUAUAUAUAUAUAUAUAUAUAUAUAUAUAUAUGUGUGUAUUUACAUAUGACAUAUUAAACACAUCUGUUAUAUAUAAAUUGAUAAAACAUUGAAGACACACAACUGGUACAUACAUUAUGUAAUAUAUAUAAUUUAAAAAUAACUUUAGCAAGAUCAGUGCAAUGAUCUACCUAUCUAAAACGGUCUAAUUGGCUCGAUGUUUGCUGUGGUUUUGGAACAUUUGUAGGGAGGGAUAAUCAUUUUUUCAUUUGGUGAUUUCAUCAACUUAAAUGUGAUUUGCUUUAAUUUUUGUCAUAUUAAAAAAAUUGCAUACAAAUAAUUCUACUAACAUUAAUUCAAUCACUCUAUCAAUCAAUCUUCGUUUUGCGUCCAGGGACACGGUUUCCCGAGGUAGGACGUUGUACUAACAUUAAUGUUAAUAAAUUUUUAUUUUUAGGUUGUAAAUGUUCUCUCUUAUUUAUUUUAUUUACUUUGUGUGAUAAUUCCUAAGUUCCCAUUCACCAGUUCAACCAACAGCCACACUACAGCAGUACGUUACAGUAAGAUUGUUUAUUGUGCAUAACAAAACGAUUAUGUGAGGCAUCUAAAGAAGUACCAUUGCAAUAUGGUUGUACUUGGGGGCGUUGUACUUCAUGUACUUGGUUGAUCAUACCUCUUUGUAAGUAAAACUUGUUGUUUUUAACCAUUAACUUUUUUUUAGAUUUCUUUCUGAACAUUUGUUGUCUCCACAGUUUAGAGAUUGUGGAUUGUUACUAAUCUAAACAACAACUAACUUAAACAACAAAAAUGACUAAAUGGAAAGGUAGGGCUGUUGUUAAAGGAUGAUUCAUUGAAGAUUGUUGAUUUGUAAUUACUUGAUUAUUGUUUAUAUUUCUCUUUUAAUAGAUUGACAACUUUUGACAACACUUUUUGCGUUUUUCCUACCAUAAUUCUAAUGCGACGUUUACAUGAAAAAUAAUUUUUUUUUGGAAAUAGAAUCUUCAAUUUUUAUUUUCGUUUAAAACCAUAAAAAAUUUAAAAAGAAAAC